AUGCGGCCUCCUGGUAACCUCCCUCACCGCCCUCGAGCCAAGGACCGGAGACAUGGUCAACUCCUGAAGGCGGUGACGGAACGCGUCGUCGAAGUGUACAGUACCUGCUCCGGAGAGUUCACCUACUCGACGGGCUCGAACCCCAAACGCACGCUCACCUGGCCGUGCGAAGGUGUACAUAAUUCAGGACUUGACAACGCGGAACACAACUACAUUUGCCAUGUUGGAGACAAAAUCGUGAACGACAGCCAGGAAUUUGGAAAGUCUUAUGAGAUCAUCGAGAACUUGGGUCAGGGCAGCUUUGGCCAAGUGCUGAAGUGCCAAGUCGAUGGUUCUCCGCCAGUUGCGCUGAAAAUCAGCAAAAACAAGCCGGCCUAUUUCAACCAGGGCUGCAUCGAAGCCAACGUCUUGAAGAGACUAAAUUGCUUCGACACGCAGCACAUCGUUCGAAUGCUGGAUUGUUUCGUUUUUCGGAAGCACCUCUGCAUUGCCUUCGAGCUGUUAAGCAUGAACCUGCUGGAGUUCCUGAAAUGGAACAAGUACCGCCGUGUGGCGAUGCCUACGAUCCAGACAGUCACGAAGCAGCUGCUGAAGGCUUUGCAGUGCUUGCGGGAUGCUGCGCUGAUACACUGUGAUCUCAAGCCUGAGAAUGUCAUGGUCUGCACUCUCGAUCCCAUCAGGAUCAAGCUGAUUGAUUUUGGUUCGGCGUGUGCAGAGUUUCACAUGAUGCACACCUACAUCCAGUCGCGUUUCUAUCGGUCUCCAGAGGUGCUCUUGGGCCUGCCAUACUCAAGCGCCAUUGAUUUGUGGAGCUUGGGCUGCAUCUGCGCAGAGCUGAACCUUGGGUUGCCGCUCUUCACAGGGCAGUGCGAGUAUGACCAGAUUCGCAGCAUUACCAAGCUGCUUGGCCUUCCUCCUGCAGAGAUGCUCAGCAUGGGCAGCAAGACCAAAAGGUACUUCCGGCGCGAGGAGGGCGCAGGUUGCAAGGACGACGACCUGCCGCUAGCCCUGGGAGGGCUCAGUGGCUCUGUCGAUGUGGUCGAGGUCUCAGACACGCUUUCAACGCAAACUACCGCCGGGAGUCACGAGAGCUCCGAGGAUAGCACCCUUCCGCCGAGUUUGCCAGGCGGAGAAAGUGCUGGCCAGGACCAGGAGCCGUCCAGAAGAAGUCUUGCUGAGCGCAAGCGGAAAGUCCAUUAUUCCUGGAGACUGAAAACGAGUGAGGAGUACGAGAAGGACUCGAACAAGAAGGCAGUGUUCUCAAAGCGGAGCUGGCCCUUCACGUCCUUGGAAGAAGUCGUAGCUCAGGUGAGUGAGGAAAGCCGCUCGUGCUUUCUUCAGUUCCUGACGGGUCUCUUCCAGAUCAACCCCAAGUGCCGCUGGACAGCCAAGCAGGCGCUGCAGCACUCCUUUGUGAAUGAGGAGGUUCCCUUUGAUGUGGAUUACCAGCCACCCCACGACGAUGUCGGACCUGUUUUGGGAUGGUCGCCUCUCAUGGGCCAUCCUGCCUCUGGCCUGUUGGGCCCUGCCUGUCCUGCGCCGAGCGUGCCCGGACACGCGGCGUCGAGCACCACAGGUACUCCAGCAUCGUCACCGCAUGGCUCGGCAUCCUCGACGGUCAUGUCCAGUGCCGCACACGGAACGUCGCUGCAGGGAUAUGUGCAUGUCUCCUCGCCAUGGCAUCUAGCUUCGCCAAUGGAUGGAAGUGCCUCCGAGUGCCGAGCAUCUUCCCAGCCUUCGGGCUCUGAGUCUUGGGGCUUGGGCAGUGACACAUCAGGCUCCUGUCGUGGCCUCUCCUCGAAGCUCUCCGAUUCCGACUCGGCCAGCGCCGUGGGAUCCCAUCAUGGCUCUGGCCGCGAGGAGACGGGGCAGCGACGCCGAGGGAAAGAGCCACGGUUCUGGAAGCAGAUGACCAUGGCCCGUGGCCGACUAGAAAGCGCGUGUGCGUGGAGCCCCAAGGGCGCUCCUUCCGGGGGCAGUUUCCGCGAGGCCGUGGGGAUGGGCGAAUCAGGCCCUGUGAUCGUGCCCGUGGGGCCGCAGAACUUCACGAAACCCUCUGGUGGCCCAGAGGAUGCCUUCCUGGUCCCCUCCGAGAUCUCCUGGAGGUCUCAUGGCAAGGGUGGACGAAGAAUGAGAAGGCGGCGAGGCCCUGCUCAAGGAUGA